GGGUUAAGGGGUCCUCAUACGGCGAAACAGCUCGGCAAAUAUUUAAAGGAGAAGGAUCUCGAGAAAUUGCGAGACGAGCAAGUGUGCCAAUUCAGAGUAGCAAGUUCCCAUUACGACGAUAAUUGAAUAUCCACGUUUAUUUUAUCGUAAAAAAAUACCAAAGAUGGCAGCUUGGCGGUAUGCGGCAAGUUUAAUAUUAAUUGCGCGUCAUGGACAAAAGUACAGGAGCCCUGUGUCGUCUUCGGUUCAAAACUACAAUAUGUUGUGCCUAAAACGUCAUCAAAAGUCGAGUUUCAUGCCAGGGUCAUAUGUUUUUCCUGGAGGUAAUAUUGAUCCAGUUGACUCUGAUCUCAAGUGGUACGAGCUCUUUGCUUCCUUUGGUUUCGACAAUGAUAGUUUUACAUCUCUGACUCCAAAAACUACGGUUCGACCACAGAUCUUUAAAGCACAACAGAACGAACUACUCAGGGAUAUUUCGCUGCGUAUCACAGCUAUUCGCGAGACUUUUGAGGAGUGCGGAGUGCUGAUAUGCAAGCAAAGAGGCGAAGAACCUUCCGUUGAGGCCCAAUAUUUGUCAGUUCCUAAAGAGGAGUUGCAAACAUGGCAGAAAAAAAUCCACAACAAUGCUUCAGAAUUUCUAACAUUUUGUAAAAAGUUUGAUUGUUAUCCUGACUUGUGGGCAUUGCACGAAUGGAACAACUGGUUAACGCCUACAUAUCUUGAGAAACGUUACAACACAGUCUUUUAUCUGGCUUGUGUACAAUCAACCCCUGAUACUGAGUACGAUGUUACCGAGAUAGAGGAUCUAAUAUGGGAGACGCCAGAGAAUAUUUGGUCUACAACAGAUAUCAUAUUGCCACCACCUCAACAGUACGAAAUUACCAAGUUCGCUACAUUUAGAGAUAUAGAUCAUAUACUAGAUUAUGCUGUACAACGUGGUAAAGUGGGUGUGCAAUGUUAUUUACCGGUGCGUGUGAAUCUAAAGGAUGGCUUUGUGCAUGUCCUACCUGGAGACACGAUGUAUCCGAAGAAAAUUGAUCCAAACUGUAGACUGAUAAUCGAUAAAUCGAAUAUUAGCAUGGAUGAAUUUAGAGAGAUGACACCACUGAAAAAUAGAAUCGAAUUUCUCGAUGUACGAAUGACAAUACUACACAUUGAUGAUGUACAAAUUACAGAUGGCCGUAUAUCACCGAAACCUGGAGAACCUCAAAUAAAACAUAAGUACUAGCAUUGUCCUACUAUUAUUAUUCCGGGACUUCAAACAGCUAGGAUGUAAGCUUAGUUUUUGAUACAGCGAUUUUUAAGGAUUGAAAACAGUACAACGUAAGAGUCAAUAAAGAAGAUUUCAACAUUUUUAUUCAAUGUUCUUUUAUCAAAAUCUCUAAAUGAUAUAUUACUCGGUUAUUGAUAAUUUAUAUGCACACUGUGAGAAAUUUAAUAUUUAUAGAU